AUGGCGGCCUUUCCAGGCCCAGCAUUUGCUGCUUUGCAUCCUCUCCAGGCCCAGCACUUCCUCCAGUCGGCCUCUCCGGGCCAGCUCUUCCUCCCGGCGGCCUCUGCAGGCCCAAGUUCCCCUCAAGUCGGCCUCUCCGGGGCCAGCUCCUGGGUCCCGGUGGCCUCUACAGGCCCAACCUCUCCAGGCACAGCUCCUCCUGCCUCCCAAUGGCCUCUUUAGGCCCAGCCCAGCUCGUGCCUCUUGGCGGCUUUCCCAGGUCCCGCUUUUGACUUUUGGCGGCCUCUUCAGGACCAGAACAUGACCUCCAAUCGGCCUCUCUGGCGGACUGUCCCACACCCAGGCCUCCACCUCGCUGCAGCCUCCCCUGUCUGAAGCUCCUGCCUUCUGGCAGCUUCCACAGGCCCUGCUCCUUCUGCCUCUCAGUGGCCUGCGCAGACCCAGCUCCAAACCUUUCUCCAGCCAGAGCUCUAUAGGCCCACCUUCUGCCUCCUGGUGGCCUGCACAGACACAGCUCUGGCUGGAGAACAGCCUCUGCGGGCCCUGCUCUUUCCUCCCAGGGCCUCUCCAGGCCUGGCUCUCGCCUCACAGUGGUUUCCCAGGGCCAUGUUCCUGCCUGCCUGCCUGCCUGCCUCCCGGCAGCCCCUACAGGCCCAACUCUGUGGGCCCCGCACUUGCCUCCCAGGGGCCUCUCCAGGCCUGGCUGUCACCUCACAGUGGCUUCCUGGGGCCAGGUUCCUGCCUGCCUGCCUGCCUCAAGUGCAGCUCAGUGCACAGACGUCACUGGGGCCUGUGUCUGACUUCUACACAUUCCUAGUGGGGAUCUGCACUGUGGCUGUCACUGAGAGCCAGUUCCUCAUCAAUGGGAAACCUUUGUAUUUUCACGGCUUCAACAAACACGAGGAUGCAGAUGGCUUCGAUGGGCUGCUGCUGGUGAAGGACUUCAACCUGCUUUGCUUCCUUGGUGUCAACUCCUUCUGCACCAGCUACUACCCCUACGUGGAAGAAGUGCUGCCGAUGUGCUACUGUUAUGGGACUGUGGUCAUCGAUGACUGUCCUGCCGUGGGCCUGCUUUUCAACAACGUGUCUCUGCAUGAACACAUGCGGGUGAUGGAGGAACUGGUGCGCAGGGACAAGAACCACCCCGCCAUCGUGAUGUGGCCUGUGGCUGAGUCUGCAUCCUACUUGGAAUCUGCUGGCUAG